UGGCUGGCUGCUCCCCAGAUGUGCCUCCCAGGCAAGGAGGCUCUGUCUCAGCCAGUCAGGGGAAACCACCAAUUCUCCACUGUAGAGACUACUAUAGACCAGAUGUAACUAGCAUCUUCUUCCCUCUUCCUCAUAACUCCAAUCCCCAAUCCUCUGCCGUUGAACACAUCUUGGUGGCUAGGGAUAGAGAAGAUGCUGGGCAAAGGCUCCUGAGGACAGCUGAUCCCUUCUGAGGACUAACAGUCUUCCAGAAAUCAGGAUUUAUGAUCAGUGAUGAGAAGGGCCUUGCAAGCUCUGUUCAGUUCUGUCCUGUCUUCCCUCCCCUGCAGCACAUCCCCUGUGAACCUGCCUGUGGGGCAGAACCCAUGCCAGCAAGCUCCAGACAAGGACCCUACCCUCUGCCUUGGAGCCUGGCAGCAGGAGCCACACUGUCUGGCCCGAGAGAGACUCAGGCCUCCAGGAUGACCCAGAGUAGGCUUCUGAGGCAGCAGGCCCACAGCAGCAGGAGAGGAGGUGCUGGUGUGGCUCCCAAACCUGCUCAGCAGAUCCAGCCAACCAGGCUCAGGCUGGACACCCUGACAUGCCCCACCUCCUCCUGACCUCCACAUGGCCAGCCUCCUUUCAGCCCUGAGGUCAUGGAUACGCAUGCCAGCUGCUCCCAGAAAGGAUAAGAGUCCUUGAUGGGGGAGGCAGCACAGCAGGGAUCAUACCGCGGAUUUCUAAUGAAUCUAAAUCAAUUAACAGUUCUCUGCCUUCACUUCUCCAUUUGCAAGAUGGCUAUGAUGACUGUCAUCUAUCUGUUAAUGACGCACACACACAAAAAAAACAGCAGCUCCUGCCUCUGUGGCAGAAAUGACUGUGGAGAACAGUCCCAUAGAGGGGCAGCAUCACCUUGGGUGAUGUCCAAGGUAGCUUCUGAGGUGGAGCCAGUGCACAGGUAACCCAGCCAGUUCCCUUGCCUGAAGGAAGGGAUGGAGGCUGACAGGCGCCGGAGCUUUCCCAGCUGAGCAAUUGUGACUUGAGGACCAGGCAUCGGUGAGUCAGGAGUACCAGGAGCCUUCCCUUCUGAGCCCAUUGUCUGUCCAUGUUUCAGCCAAGCCCACGACAGUCACCAAGCCAUGGCUCUUUGCCAUCCUCUCAGACUCCAGGGUGAGACCAGCGUGGCAAUGCUAUAGCAGUCCAACCAUGUGACAGGCUUUUGUCUUUCCCCAGUUUCUUGAGUCACACCUAUGUCCUGAUAGAAUUUCUGGGCUACAGGUGGGUCUUCCUUCCACCUUGACCAACUCUGGAAACUCUGAGCUGCCUCAGCUUCUCAGACAGGGCACAGAGCUGUGUGCAGGGGACUUGUCAGGAAACAGUGCUCAGGGUUGGCAGGAGGACCCACUCAGGAGCAGGAGAAGCAGGGGUGGGUCAGCACUCAAGGACAGGAGGCUGAGGAGGAGGACAAGGCUCUCGGUUAUGGCAGCCUUGUGAUUGCCCAGGUGUGGGCAAGGAGGGGAGGCAUCCCCUUCUGCUUCCUAUCAGUCCGGGUUGUGUGUAGGGGUCCCAUUUUUGUCCCAACUUUAGGAAAGCCACAGUGGGUGGAAGAAUUCAGGGGCUGACUGAGAGGGAAGAAUGAGGGAGGGAGUAUAGUCUGAGAUCCAUCCUUGAAAUUACCCAUUUCCUAAAAAGAGGGAAAACAGGGAGUGUGUGUGUGUGUGUGUGUGUGUGUGUGUGGUGUAUACAUUGGGAGAACAGGGCAUAGAAUGUCAUUCUUGUACCUGUGUGUGUGUGUGUAUGUGUGUAUGUGCAUGUGUGCACACACACACACUCCUCCCUUUUCCUUUGGCUUGGUUUCCCUGUGAUGAUGGAGGCAAGCAGUGCCAGGUUAGUAUCCUACUAGGGAGGUUCAUGCUUCUCUGGGAGGCUGGACAGAGCCUGAUGAAGGGCUGGAACAGUUUGGGGGGCUCCUGACCCUUGGGCUGCUCCAGCUUCUCUCCCGGGAGCCAGCCCUGCCCUCUCCCUGAAACUCCAUCAGUACAGAGACAGAGCCCUAGCACCAGCCCCGCUUCAACUGAGUCAGAGCCCGCAGGGGACAGGCCUGCUCUCUCGGGCCUCACAGCUGUGGCCACUCUGCUUCCCAAGCACACAGAUUCAUCUUGACGUUUCUGUUAUUCACAGGUCUUACAAUGAUAGACUGAGAUUUGAACAGUGCGUCCACCCUUUCCCAUCCUCACACUUUCCCAUCUAUUGUGUCACUUUUAUCCGGAUGAUAGAAUAAGUGCUGCUGAUAUUUACUAAGGAAUGGAAGUACAGGAAGAUUUGCUUAUGGUCACAUAACUGCUUCUUAAUAACUGGGUGGCUGGUGUAAUUGGAUGUGUAUCAGCCAUGCCCUGGGAAUGUCCUGGCACUCUCAGUAUUAUCUCCCUGAACCCCAACAUUUUCUUCUCUUGUAGGAAUAGAUCCAGGCAGAGAUAUUCCUCUCUCCAUUCCCAGAACUCUUUGUUUUCAAAGAUUAACCUAUGGGCUUGGUAGGGGUUCUGUGAACAAGACAGGUAGUCCUAGCCCUCACGGAGUCAUGCUUCAGGGUCAAAUCCAGAGAGUGGUAGAAACCUUGGGUUGUCAUGUCUCCCCCUCACCCCCAAACAUCAAGGCCUAGAGCUGCUCCCAUGUUGGAAUGCAGGUCCAGAGCCCCAGCCAAGCAUCCCCCUCAUCAAUCUGCACAGCUCUGCCUCUCUUGUUGGGACGCUCCCAGCUGACCACUGGUAUAAACCACCCAAGUAUCAGAUAGUUAGGGCAGCAGGUGGUUGGAGCUAACUUUGACCUUGUAGUCAUUUUUAAUUAUUCCCUCUUUCCCACAAAUCUAUAGCCUGGAAGGUACUUAUGUUUCCAAAACAUGUUCUUAUACCCUGCCAAUAUACAAAGUAUUGGUCUCCUUGUGCAUCUGCCAAGGCCAUGGGCUUACACUAAGUACCCUCUUGGGCCUGCCCAGCUAGAUGUUCAGGGUGGUCUGCACCAACAAUUCAGGCAUCCUUCUCUCAGAUCCUCCCAGAGUCUUCAAGACCUGUGGGGCAGCCCCCUUGCAGCUAGUCUGAUGAUACCUGAGGUUUGAGGAGCUUGUGGCCCAGGAGAUGGAAGGCUACCUUCACUCCCACUGAUGAUGAAACUGGAUUACUCUAAGAAGCCAAGUCUGACUCAGCUGCUCCUGAGCAUCUUCUCUCCCAUGCCUGGGGGUCUUCCUGGAGCAGGUGACCUUGAUGGGGUCCUGGGGUAGGUGGAACACCAAGAAGGAGCCCAGAAGCAGGAAGAAGGCUGAGCUCAGUGUGCUGGGAGAUGUGGGAUUCUGGUUGCUUGUUUGUAUGGAGACUGGCUGGUGUGGACCCUGGGCCAGGGAGCUGGACACUUAGGGCAUUGCCCUGACAUGCCCAUCUUGCUCUUGGCCACUGGAAAGUGCUCAGAGUCUCAGUUUUCUCACUGGGGUGUGAUUCGUACUUAGCUGGAGCCGUUUCUGGGUUGCUGAAGAGAGGGCAGCUCUCGCUUUCCUGGCAUUUAGAGGACUCCAGCCACAGACCAGUGGGGAGAGUGACAUUUUGCUAGGACCUUGACCACAGGACAUUUAAACCUUCCUCAACCACCUAGAAAAUCCCCCAUCCACUAGAGCUGUGGCAGUACAGGUGGGCAAUGGGCAACGUGCAUAGGUGGGCAGAGCCUCAGUCCUUAAAAGCUAUGCGGCCUUGGGCAAAUCUCUUCUCUCCCUGGGCCUCAGUUUUCUCAAUGAGAUCCAGGGAUUCGAAUUAGAAGUGUUUAGCGUUAGUUUCCUUCUCUUAGGCAGCUCAGUGUGUCACAAGGCUGAGGCAGAGCAGAUCCCGCUGAGCACUUUCCCAGGGUGACCUCUAGCCAGGGAUGCCUAUGGGAGGGCUAGUCCACUACACGCAGUUUUGCUUAAAGGGCUCUCUACUCAUAAAUCUGCCCAGGUGCAUGACUGCUCACCUUCUUCUGAGCUCUAGUUGUCUGAGCUCAAGGACCCUGUUAUGUAGCAGCACAACUUGGAAAGAUUCUCAGGAAUACUUCUAUUGGUCACUUUAAGGAGAAAAACAGAAGAAGAAGACCCAAGCCAAAGGCAUGAAGGAAAUUUUUAUGGCAGGGCAAGGUGACAAGGUCCUGAGUGUUACCUACAGGAUUUUGCAGUGGCCUGGGGAUCACAUGGCACCCCAAGCUGGGAAUCAGAAGGAGAGGUAGGGGGCCAGUUUCACCUGCUUAGCUUUGCUAGGACUGAGUCUUGUAGGAACACCUGUGUACUACACAGAGCGGCUGCAUGUGCGAGCGGGGUUUCCUGGUGGCUCACAGCAGAGGUCAGCCACCUCUGUUCUCUUGAUUCUUGGGUUCCCAUAGGUCAGCUGCAGGUGAUCUCAUCUAAUAGCCCAAGGCUUGGGAGGCUGGAACCCCGGAUUUGCUCCCCACUGAAGCUCUUAAUUUUCCCCAGCAAAGCACAGUGCCUCAGGCCACAGGCCACACCCCCAGAAACCAGCUGGUUACCUUUGGCAUCAAACCAGGUGAGUUAGGCAGUGCGACUCAAGGAAGGAUCAUCCGACUCAAAGGACUGAAAAAAACUGAAUGCACGUUUUUAACUUGAUUUGGGGAAGUAUGGAAGAAAUAUUACAUUACGGAGAGUUUAAAGAAGAUGCCAUCUUCUCAUGCUUCAUGUCUCUGUUUUAAAUGCCAUUUUUUCCAGGGAGGCUUUCCUUAACUACCCUUUUAUUUAUUUAUUCUUUUAAUAUUUAUUUUUUAGUUAUUGGCGGACACAACAUCUUUGUAUGUGGUGCUGAGGAUCGAACCCGGGCCGCACGCAUGCCAGGCGAGCCCGCUACCACUUGAGCCACAUCCCCAGCCCAUACCCUUUUAAAUUGGACCCUUUGUGUUCCUAUUUUUUAACAAACACUUACCCGGUCUUUUCAUGUGCUAGGCACUAUUCUAAAUGUUGUGAGCAUUAACUCACUCAGUCCUCACAAGAGCUUUGUUAGGUCUUCUUACUGGCUCUAUUUUACAUCUGUAGGGGAGACUGAGGCACAGAGGGGUCAGGGAACUUUCCUAGGGUUGUACAGCUGUAAGUGGCAGAGCUGGAAUUGGAACCCAAGGAGUGUGGCUUCAGAAUCAACAGUAUACACAUCAUACCCUGCUGCCCCCAAUCACCUCUUUAGGUGCAUUUUGCUGGUCAUCUUUCUCCCAGAUGCUGAGCCUCUCACCCUGGUAUCCACCUUGCCCAGCAUAGCACCUGGCGCACAGGUGCUCAGUUCCUGUUUGUCAGGUGAAUGAAUGAAUUCAUGAGAAAGGGGGAAGCUUCCCACAACCUGACUACCUUGCAUGAUAAUUAUGAGAAUUUUGACAGAUUGCAGAAUUUCACACAUAGGUCGGGAACUGCUCUUCCAAGUCCUGUUGUCUUGUCAUUGUAAGACAGGAAAGCCCAGUUGUGCCAGCACACCUAGGGCAAGAGGUCAGCCAGGUGCCUCUCUCAGAGCCUGGCUCCUGGUUGGCCUCCUCAGGUCUCACUCUCUCCAUCUCCUCUUUGCUCGCUCCCUUGCUGUCUCUCCAGGUCUCCUUGUCACUGUCUGCCUGUCUCGUUCACUUGUCUUUGUUCAUGCCUUGCCUCUAGAUGCUCUCCGAAGCUGCUGAAGUUUGAGGACCUGCAAUAGCAAAUUUACUUUAUCAUCACUAUUGGGCAAUUUAAAAUAAACAUUAGCAUAGCUGGCAAAAGUGUAGGCAGGUGGUUACUCUGGAAUCCUAGAGAAGCAGGAUGAAGUUGAAUCAUCUUUUUCAUGUGGCUUCAGAGGCUGCUGGAAUCCUGGGUUCUGCCUGAUGCCUGUGGUGGUGCCGAAGAAUGGUGUAUUAGUAUGUUUUGUGUUACUAUAACAAAAUAUUGGAAGCUGGCUAGCUUUAUAAAGAAAACAGGUUUCUUUUUCUCAUAAUUUUGGAGGCUGAAAGUCCAAGAUCAGUGGCUUCCUUGGUGAGGGCCUAACAGCUAUGGCAUCUUAGCAGGAGAACAUUGGAGAAUAAGAGAUUAUAUCAUCAGACAAGAAGACAGAACCAGGAGGAGAACUAACCCAGGGGUCCCAGGAAAACUUCUUCAAUCCUCUCUGAGGGCAUUGUUCCCAGUGACCUCUCAUUAGGCCCAGCUCUACACCAUCACAUGGAGGACCAAGCUUCCAACACAAAAAUCCUUGGGGGAUAUACCACAUCCAAACUGUAGCAGGUGGUUCUGGGAUUUAGGUCCCCACCCAAAUUUCCAUUGGCCCCAAAUGCACAUACAUACAUAGCCAAAAAUAACUUGUUUGCCAUGAAAACACAACUUUAAGAUGAAUUCCUAGGCCUUACUUCCAUCCAUUGCCUGCCGGUCCCCUACAUACAAACUGUGCUACACACAAACUCGACAACUCAACGGGGUCCAUCCAGUCACCUCUGCUUUGCUAAUCGCUGUCACUCACGUCUUAAGUAACGAGUGGCAUUGUAGGGCUACCAGGUUCCCUCGUCCUCAUUGAUUACUACUUGUCCCAGACACGUGUUGACAGUUCAUCUACCCAUUGGAUGGCAAUCUGAAGCAGCUGGUGGCGGGGACUCAGGAGGCACGAUCCUUGUCUUAAGGAAUUUCAGACGGGAGCUAAAGAAAUAACUGGAUGGAAAGUUAAAUGGCAGUGCUGGGGUUAACGAAGCUGUGUUGGCAGCAACAGACCAUCAGUGAUGGCUUUGAUGUGUCAAAGGCACAUGGGACAAAUAUCUAGGACUAAGUCCAUGGACAGGGCUCCUGUGGUCUGGAGGUGAGCAGUAGAUGGCCAUCCAGCCAUCAAGGAUGGUGGGCAGAGGGUAUUCCAGGCAGAGGACCGGCAGAACUGGAUGCGUAGUCUGGGACUUUGUGAUGAAUGGGCUCAGCUGGCAGUUCUGACCAAUGUGCCCAGGCAGGCCAGGCAGUGAGUGUGUGACGCUGGAUGUCAAGGCUGCCACAAACUUCAAAACAGAAAGCCUGGAAAGACAAUGUAGCAUUUGGCCUUCAAACCAAUGUGGAGAAAGAAAUUACACUCGGCCAUUUCUAAGACACAUUCAGUCAGAUCAGGUAUGAGUGACCACCCUAGGCCUUGCUCCUGAGGCCAGGAGAGAAUCCCUAGGAUGGAGGAUGGAGAUGCAUCAUCUUCAGGUGCCGAGGUCCCCUUGGGAGGUGAAUCCAGGCCUAGCUGUGCUGGGCCAGUUGCAGAGCCCUUCCAGGCUGUGGUUCUCUGCUGAAAAGACUUGACCUUGGUUUCUCAGGAAGACAUGAGUGGUAGAAUAAGCUGUCCUGGGAACAAAUUCCUUGGGCCAGUCUCUCCCUCAGUCUCUUGAUCCUGUCAGGCCUUUGGCCACCAGUAGUAGUCCAGUGACAUGUGGGGCCUACUUCAAACAGCUGUCUAAUGCUGGGCUUAUCUGUCCUCUGUCCCACCAGAAAACAAUCCAUUCCAAAAAGAAUUUUCCAGGCUGGCCUGAACCCUGUUGUUCAAUUACAGUGUAACAUCCAGCAUAUAAUGAGCACUCAAUAAAUAUUUGGAGCUUCUUCCCCACCCUCCAAUCCUCUGUACCACAACUGCACCAUCUCUCCUCUGGGGCUCUGGAGGAGCCAUCCCCGUUAGUAUCCUCAUUCUGGGCCCCUCCACCUUCCUCCAUGCAUCUCCCUCCACCCUUUCCCCACCCCAGGUCUCCAGUACCCCACCUACUGGGACUCCCACCUUCCUGGCUGGUCCCCACUGUGGCUCUCUGGGAAGAGCUUAGAAGGGGAGAAAACCCAUGUGGACCCUGACUGGGGAGAAUUAGAACAGUGGAGUUCUCUGUCCAGACAGGCUGGCAGGGUAGAGAAAGCUGCUUGAAAUACAGUAUAAUUUAUCUGUGUAUGUAUAGGUACUGGUAUCUAAGUUUAUCUGUGAGUCACUGUUGCGUGUAUGUGCUGAUAUAUGUCACUUAAUGGAUUUUUUUCCCAUACUCUCUACUUUUGCCUCCACCAGCAUGCCUUGGGUUGUAUAGUCCCAGGGGCUGGGAAUCAGGUCUGUGAAGGGACCCUCAGAAGGUGAAUCCCAUCCCUCCCCAAUACCAGAGGAUUCAAGUGGAGGCAAGACAACAACUUGAACUCGUGGAGAGUGUUAUAGCAUCAUAUAAAAAGCAGAGGUUUCUUUAAUCGCACCGAAUCUGAACCUAGACUUGUAGCCUCAUGGUUACAAGUGACCACAGAUGGAUCAGGAUGCACCAGAUCCACAAGUCCUGAUGUCUUUAAAAGAAUCAUCCUGGGUACUAAGGCUCAUCUGAGGGUUGUGACAUCCACCUUGACUCUAGUGGAAGUCCAAUAGCCAGUCCCCUGUUGGCCUACAACUGGGCACCAUGAGGGCCUGUGUCCCCCUGACGGUGGCUGUGCUCUGUGGCCUGGCCUGGGCUGGAAACCUGGAAUCAUGUGCAUCUCGCUGUAAUGAGAAGUUUAACCGAGAUGCUACUUGCCAAUGUGACCGCCGGUGUUCCCGUCACGGGGACUGCUGUGAAGACUACGAACAUCUGUGUACUGCGGAGGAGGAGCCAGAGGAAUUCUUGGAGCUGGAAGAAGAGGCCCCGGAUAAUAGCUUGUACUCGGCACCCAGCUCCUGCCAGGGCCGCUGCCGCGAAGCCUUCGACAAGCACCACCCCUGCCACUGCAAUGACCGCUGCCAAGAGUUUGGGAACUGCUGCAAGGAUUUCGAGAGCCUGUGUGGCGACCACGAGGGCUUCUCCCACAGCAGUGAUGCCAUAACCAAAGAGGAGCUUCAGAGCAUCUCUGAGAAGAUCUACAAGGCAGACACCAACAAAGCCCAGAAGGAAGACAUCGUUCUCAACAGUCAAAACCGCAUCUCCCCUUCAGAGACGGGAGACCAAGUGGAUCGCUGCCCAGAGCCGCUCUUCACGUAUGUCAAUGAGCAGCUGUUCUCCAAGCCCACCUACGCAGCCUUCAUUAACCUGCUCAACAACUACCAGCGGGCGACGGGCCAUGGGGAGCACUUCAAUGCCCAGCAGCUGGCCGAACAGGGUGUCUUCCUCAGAGAGAUCAUGAAGACAGCAGUGAUGAAGGAGCUCUACAGCUUUCUCCAUCACCAGAACCGCUAUGUCUCUGAACAAGAAUUCGUUGACGACUUGAAGAAUAUGUGGUUUGGGCUCUAUUCAAGAGGCAAUGAGGAGGCGGACUCCAGUGGCUUUGAACAUGUCUUCUCAGGUGAAAUCAAAAAGGGCAAGGUCACUGGCUUCCAUAACUGGAUCCGCUUCUAUCUGCAGGAGAAGGAGGGCCUGGUUGACUAUUACAGCCAUAACUAUGAUGGACCUUGGGAUUCCUACCCUGAUGUGUUAGCGAUGCAGUUCAACUGGGACGGCUACUAUAAGGAAGUGGGCUCAGCUUUCAUUGGCAGCAGCCCUGAGUUUGAGUUUGCACUCUACUCCUUGUGCUUCAUUGCCCGGCCAGGCAAAGUGUGCCAGUUAAGCCUGGGUGGUUAUCCCUUGGCUAUCCAGACCUAUCCCUGGGACAAGAUUACCUAUGGAAAUGGCAAGAAGUACAUUGCCACAGCCUACGUGGUGUCUUCCACCCAUUAGAACAGAACUUUGAGCCAGAAAGGGCCAUGAGGGCAGGGAGGACUCUUGCAGGACUGAGGUGCUGUCUACUCUGGACUGGAAAAGGGAGGGAGGAGGCUCGGAGGAAAUCCCACAUCAGUGAAACAGAACCCCCAAACCAAAAAUGCCUAUACAGGAGGAAAGAAACAAAUUAGAAAAUGCAGAGAAGCAGUCAAACAUUUGUCAUCCAGUAUUUUAACAAUAUCGACUAAGAAACAAAGUCCAGGUGGAGGAGGUGGAGGGCCUUGAUGGUUCCUUGCUCUGAUGCGUGGUGGAACUGUGAGCAAGUCCUCUGGCCUCACAGUGCCUCCUGCUUCCCUCUAACAUAAUGGGAAGAGGUCUACCCCUUUUCCUGUUUUGGGGGUUGGCGAGAGGACAAACCUGAUGAUACAUUUACUGAGGUCUUUUCAAAUGUUCUUAGGAAGAACUGCUAAUAGAAAUAUAAGAUUACUAUAAUGGCUGUUAUUGUUUACAGCUCUGCAAACUGCAAUUUGGCUCUGUGUCAGGGGCUUCAAAGAAGUCAGGCCACAGAAACUAACCAGUGGGCCUUUAGUCUUUUGUACAGUAAGAUCCUUUUGGAACAGAGUCUGGGAGAACUCUGUCAUUGAACAGAGCUGGGUAAUGGUUGGGACAGCAAAUGGGCUGGGGCAGGGUGGCUUCCCCAGGCCUGAGUGUUUUGUGGUCAACUCAGUAUCUGUUUCCAGAAGCUUCCUGAUUAUAGAUGUUUAGUGCAUCUGCACUCUUAUGUUUUGAUCCCAAAUAGUUUUUUUUUUUUAAAUAGAAUUCCCAUAAGAGGAGGAAGAUUUAGCAUCAGAAAAAGAAAGGCAACUAUAACUUAUUCUCUAUUAAGGCUUAGCCAGCUGCAAUAUUUUGAAUCACUCUAGAUGGGAGACCAGGGAGACUGCUCCCUAUCUCCACCACAGUGGUGCUUUUCUCCCCUGGGCCUGCUUGGAGCCAGAUGGGGCUCCACAGAGUCAGUCCUGCUCCCUGACUUAGAGAGGUCAGGUCUCCAAUUAAAGUUAUUAAAAACAAAAAA